AAGUGCUAUAAUAGCUAAAUUUUAAAAGUUUUUGAUCUAAACACGGCCUAAAAUUCUGAUUCGUGUAUGCGUCAAUCCACCAGUCCUGUGUACGUGGAUCGUUAUCGCAGUUUAAUUUCUGAUGCUGUGUCUUUCACUAUUAAUAAACCUCAACUGUAGUUUGUUGGGUUGUUUUUCCUUCUGUGCUCCGGAUCGCAGUUUACCGGCGUCAGAUUUAGAUCGAACUGUGGAUGUGAGCUAAAAUACACAAUUUACAGGCGUCAGAUUUAAAUCCUACUCUGUCCAAUCCCAAGUGGGAUGUACUGCAAUGCUUACCUUGAGUAUGGGACCAUGAAAUAAGCAAUAAGCCACUGAUCAGUUGAAAAGAUUUAUGAUAUAAACCAAUGAGUCAUAAGAAACACAGAAACCCAACAGAGAACAGAUUGAAACCAGCAGUAGCGCCAACAAAUUUGACUGAUGCAAAAGAUUUUGUUCCAAAUAGACCAUAAUAUUCAUUAUUAUUGCAUAUAUUUUACCAGAACUGUGAAGACCGCUGCCUGAACAUCCGCGGCGUGCAGCCCCGAACCCCUUGUGCAGGUGGCGCACGACGCGCAGCCGCACAGCGACUCCGCGCUGAGUCUGCCGGUUCCCACAUGAGGGCGCACCGCACACGCGGCAGCCGCCGCACUCCCUGAGGCUCCCCAUCCCGGCCUCCAAGCACGAGCCCGCUGCGUCGGCCUCCACAUCGGCGCACGCGCACUAGGAACCGCCGCCCUCCGCCGCGGCGCACCCGUCACUCGCGCCAUCCACGACGCGCUGCCCUGUCACUCGCGCGCAGCUUGCUCGACGGAAUGCCGCACCGGGACGUCGUCUCUGCCACAGCCGCCAUCGGCGCGCUCACCCGCCGCGGCCGACACCGCGACGCCUUGGCACUGUUUUCCCAAGUGCUCGCUGACGGCGUCGCGCCCAACGAGUUCACCUUCGGCACCGUGUUGCGCUCGGCCACCGCUCUUCGAGCCCCACGUGCAGGCGUGCAGCUCCACGCCUGUGCUGCCAAGCUCGGCCUCUGCUCCAAUGUCUUCGUCGGCAGCGCCCUCCUCGACCACUAUGCGAAGAUGGGCGCCAUGAGGGAGGCCCACGGCGUGCUCGAUGACACCCGUGAGCCGAAUGUGGUCUCCUACACCGCCCUCAUUGCCGGUUUGCUGAAGAAUGGGAUGUUUGAUGAAGCAGACCGAUUGUUCCGGCGCAUGCCAGAGAGGAACGUGGUCUCCUGGAACGCGAUGAUCGGUGGGUGCAGUCAAGCCGGUCUAAGUGAAGAGGCUGUCAAUCUGUUCCUGGAAAUGUGCCGAGAAGGUGUCACACCGAAUGAGAGCACCUUCCCCUGUGUCCUCACUUCAGUUGCCAAUGCAGGGGCACUUGGCGUUGGCAGAAGCGUUCAUGCAUCAGCCAUCAAGUUCUUGGGCAAGCUUGACGUUUAUAUAGGUAAUUCUCUUGUGAGCUUCUAUGCCAGGUGCGGUAGCUUGGAGGACAGUGUUUUGGCUUUCAAAAAGAUGAAUCGGAAAAACGUGGUCUCCUGGAACGCACUGAUCUGCGGGUAUGCACAGAAUGGGAAGGGGGAGGAGGCUUUGGAUGCUUACAGGAUGAUGAGAGCAACGGGCCUCAAGCCUGAUAAUGUCACUCUUCUCGGCUUGCUGUUUGGUUGCAACCAUGCUGGUCUGGUUGAUGAAGGUUAUGCAUUGUUCAAGACCACAGAGAUGGAGCAACCCGGCAUACUGAAACCUGAGCAUUAUGCUUGUGUGGUUGAUCUACUAUCUCGUGCCAAGCGGUUCGACAAUGCCAAGAGGUUUCUUGAGGAGCUCCCCUUUGAGCCAGGAAUUGGGUUCUGGAAGGCUUUGGUAGGGGGCUGUCAGAUUCACUGGAACAGGGAGCUGGCUGAGAGCGUUGCAAAGCGCAUUCAUGCAUUGGAUCCAAAAGACACAUCUUCCUACAUUCUUCUGUCAAAUGUUUACUCUGCAUCAGGAAGCUGGCAAAGUGUGUCUAUGAUCAGGAGGGAGAUUAAGGAGAAGGGGCUGAAGAGGAUCACCGGCUGCAGUUGGAUUGAGGUGCACGACAAAGUCCAUGUCUUCUCUAAUGGAGACUAUAGGCAUCACCAGAGUGAUGAAAUUUAUUCAAUGCUUGAAGUUUGUUUUUAUUCCAUGGAAGAUGAGCAUGAAAACUCAGUCGUGUGAUAAUGACAUAUCAGCAUACAAGAGGCUAUUGGUGAAUUUAUUUGCUUGUCAUCGUCUUUUGAACCAUACAUGAGGAACACACCAGACCAGGCUGCUUAGUGUUGGGUGAUGGAAGAAUGAAUGAUCAGAUUUCAGCCUUCGUCAAUGCACAAUGCAUUGUGGUAGCAGGCAAUAAAAAUCCUUCCCUCAAUCCCAACAGCAAAGGAAAGCUGCAAGCUCCUGCCCGAGAACAAACAAAGGUGACCCUCCUGUCAGGUGCAUGGUGACACAAAUCAUCCAAACUCCGAAAACUCACAAAGGUUUACAUUCUUCUCUUGCAAUUUGUGAUGAUAGAUUCAGCUAGAAGUCCUUGAGCACAAAUUAAUUUGUCCACGUGAAUAAUGAAAAUUGACCCCGCAUAAUGGCAGCUGAUUUAUUUACUGUUCCUUAUCGAACGAUUCUGUGAUAAACACACUACCGGUCAGCAAUUUGUAAACCUCUGAGCAUCACAACGUCCAUGGCAUUUAUCCCCAUGAAACACAAUUCAGAUUCAAAGGGCAAAAAAAAAAAAUUGGCGGUUGUCACAAAUUUAAACAGCACCGCAUGUCACAAUCAUUCCAAAAUUGUCAACUUCAUCAAGAUUUGAAGCAAAUUGUAUUAGCAAUUGCAAUAUAUUAGAAACUUCGACAAAGGUAACCGAGUCGUCAUUCAGCAGAUACAACAAAUUCUACACUGUUUCACGAGCGACCCAGCACUGGC